AAUCUAGCUUUCGCGGGGAGAGCACGCGCGUCGCCACGGUAACUUCGCGAGUAGGUUUACGAGAGUUCAUUUCGUAUCGAAAUCGCUCAAUAAAAAUUACAUUUAUAUUCUCAUUUGAAUAUAUUUGCUGUGUGUUUGUGAAGUGAUUCGUGCAAAUAUUUCAAGGUUCCCAGCCAGUGAAAAGUGUGAUAUAAUCUUCUUGCAGUUUACAACAAUAUGACUUGACGUAGUUCGUACUAUAAAUAUCGAAAGUUCGUGUUUGACGUUGUUAAUAAAGUGCAAAAAUACAGUUUUAAUUACAAAAUGGAGGCUCUUGAAAGGAGAGGAAGGAUUAUUGCCGUGGCGGCCAUCUUGUACAUAGUAUUUUUGUCACAAUGUAAAGGAGUAGAAGCCCAUAAGAAUUCCACAAAGAUGUCAUACGUCUGUCCACCGAAAUUCAUCAGAUUAGGGCACAGCUGUUAUUUCUUAAGUGAAAACAAAGCUACGUGGCAAAGCGCUCUCUUCUCUUGCAAGGAUCGUGAUAGCAAUCUCUCAGUGCCCGCUCGAUGGGAGGACAGGAAUCUGCGAAACUACCUCAAUAGACCUGGAGUAGAGAAGGUCAGUAGAUGGAUCGGUGGUAUAUACGACUACAGUACGCGGGCAUGGAAAUGGGGGGGCGAGUUGCGCGACAUGCACUACCAGUCCUUCAGCAAAAUGAAGAAGAUGACCCCAGAUGAACUCAAGUGGCACUGCAUUGCUAUGUCACCGGAACUCAUGUACAGGUGAGGAACGAAUUUAAUUGAAUUAAAACAC